UUAGUUACAGUAUUAAUUAAGCCUGGGCCAUGGAGGAAGAACAAGCGACCAUCGAGAGCCAGUUUUUUGCAUUUGCUAAGCUCUUCGAUAGUAAGAACCGGACUGGGGAAACGAUUACACUGUAUAAUUCCGACUAUUGGUUGAGGCAAUCAAAUAUCAUAGAUGAUAGAAAAGUCACUAUGACGGAUACCGGAAUACUUUUUAAUGAAUACGGUAAAUCUGAAAUCACUCGAGACGAAUGGCUUGUGCUAAUAUCUCAGUUGUGUGUCUUGAGAGAAUUGGACGAAGAGAAAACUCUGGAAACACUGGUAAACUGCGGUCUACCAGAUACUAUUUACUGCAACGCAACUUAUGAUGGUUACCUCUGCUGGCCUCCGACACCUGCUGGUGAAACCACGUUUCAGAAGUGCCCCAGCGACUUCUAUCUGAUUGACAAAUCAAUGCAAGCGUAUAGGCGGUGCGGUGCGGAUGGGUUGUGGGUUGGGCGGCAUAUUAAUGAUACAUCUCCUAACGGUUGGACGAACUAUACUCCAUGUUUUCCUGAAGCUGUACAAAAUCUUUUGAGUAAAGUUGGUGAUAAAUCUGAGGCUCAGCUUAAAUUUGAAACUGCUGUAAACACAAGAACUGUGGAGAUGAUAGGGAUUGUGCUGUCGAUUGUUGGUAUUAUGCUGUCUCUCUACAUUUUCAGCGCUUUCCCGUGCUGGUUCGGCUACAACUACCUCCCGGCUUACUAUAUCAUCAAUGGACCAAUCGUGGGUAUCUUGAUUAUUAACACCAUUUUCCUGGUUACUGUGUUGGCUGUUAUCAUCACGAAACUUAGGAGGACAAAUGAUUCUGAACUCGAGAAAGUUAAGAAGGCGAUCCGAGCUACUCUAAUUUUGCUGCCACUCCUGGGAAUUAUUAACAUCUUUAACUUGUUUGAAUACCCUUUGGAAGGAUCAUCCAUUGGAUUUGCGAUCUGGGCUUACGUCACUCACUUUUUCCGCUCUUUCCAAGGCCUCUUCAUAAGUAUAAUCUAUUGUUUUACCAAUGACGAGGUCUUGAAGGCCGUUAAAAAGCGUUGGGACCAAUCAGAUUGCGUGAUACGAUGGCGGCAACAACAUCAGCGGCAACAUUCGGGCAGGACACGACAUAUAAUGCAGCACACAGCGACCGUGCACGUCCCAACAGACAACCGUCCCUUAACAGAUUUCCUAUCAAGUAUUGAGUCCGUCAGGAGUGUGCCUAUACCACCUAGGCGAUGUUCCUGCGAAUCAGCCCCGUCCCGGUACCACUAUUAUCAACGGCGCUCGCUCGAAGCACACGAGGCUUACACAAAGGACAAACGACGUUGUUCUCUAUGUGAGCUUCCGUGUCGGAGAUACAGCCAACCUUACGAUCGCCCGAGGGAUACGCGUGUUAGAGCCAUGUCGUGUGUGCCCAGCACGCACACAAUCCCUCGGACGCGACGGGGCUUCACUCGGCCCGGCCUAGUCACCCGCGACUCCCGCAUGGGCCUCAUGUCCAUUAGCAGCUGCCUCUAAACAUAGUUAUAUUUUUUUAAUUUCAUACCAAAAACCCCAAAGACACGCCCAUCUAUUUAUUAUAAUACUAUAUUAAAUUAUAUACAUAGUGUAAGUGUGACGUAAUCUAGUUUUAUAUUACUACCUCUUUACAAAAUAAUAUAGGAUAUUUUGAUGUUAACU